ACAACAACAAGAACAAGAACAAGAACAAGAACAAUAUAAUAAUAUUGCAAACAAUAAAGCAUAUACUCGCCAUAUAUUGAAAGAAAAGAGGAAAAAAAGAAGUUGAGAAAUUUUUGUAAAAUUAAGAGUUAUUAAGCAGCAGCAGCAAGAAAAAAGAAAACUAAGCCAGAGACAAUGUAAGCCAGCAAGAAGGACAAGAAAUUGACAGAGCUAACGGAGUAGAGGGACAAAGCGGGAGAGAAAAAGGAUUAAAAUAAAAUAUACGCGCCUCGUGAACAGCAAACACCGAAGAGACUAUGAAAAAUGCGCAACUGAAGCUGAGUGAAGUUGAUGAUGAAGAGCUGUGGCUGCAACAGCAACAACAGCAACUAGCUUUUAGAUUAGCACACAGCGGCAAUAGUAACAGCAACAGCAACAGCAACAAACAACUUACUCAACAGCAACUAAAGAGCUUAAGUACAAAACACCACAGCAGCAGCAGCACAACAUUAGCAACAACAAAGAAACAGCAUGUAGUUAUAUAUAAUGCAAGAGCUUCGCAAGAGCAACAGCAACCGCAGCAACAGCAACAGCAACAGCUAGACAGCAACAUGUUGUCGGCGGCCAAAGGCGGCAGCAAUCAAGCAACAUACACAAACAUAAGACUGUGCGCACGCAAGCGGCAAAGAUUACGUCGGCGGCGAAAAAGAAAACAGCUAACACCAGCAGCAGCAGCAACAACACUUAGCAAUAGCAACAGCAACAGCAACAGCAACAGCAAUCAAAGCAGCAACAGUGAGAGCAACAGCAUAAAUUUAUUUCAUGGCCUGUGGCCAAUAAGCGUUGGCAUUGCAUUGCAACUGUUGCUGCCGGCGUUGAGAUUGUGGCAAAUGCAGCUGCAGCUGCAACAGCGAGCAGCAAUAUUGCUAAGAGCGUUUGCUAGCACAACCACCGCCAUUAUUUCCUAUCUACUGCAGCUGCGAAGCAAUUGCAAACGUAGCGGCAACAGCAACAGCAGCAGCAGCAACAGCAGCAACAGUUGCAGCGGCACACAUCUAAUCAACGGACUAAAUAAACACUCAUGGAUAUUUUUAUUGAUAUAUUUGAAUUUAUCUGCUAAAGUUUGCUUAGCAGGAUAUCAUGAAAAGAGACUGUUACAUGAUCUAUUGGAUCCUUAUAAUACACUAGAACGUCCGGUUCUCAACGAGUCGGACCCGUUACAAUUAAGCUUUGGUUUAACUUUAAUGCAAAUUAUCGAUGUGGACGAGAAAAAUCAAUUGCUUGUCACGAAUGUGUGGCUAAAACUGGAGUGGAACGAUAUGAAUUUGCGUUGGAAUACCUCCGACUAUGGCGGCGUCAAGGACUUACGAAUACCGCCGCAUCGCAUCUGGAAGCCGGACGUCUUGAUGUACAACAGCGCCGACGAGGGCUUCGAUGGCACCUAUCAGACGAAUGUGGUGGUUCGCAACAAUGGCUCCUGUCUCUAUGUGCCGCCGGGCAUAUUCAAAUCGACGUGUAAAAUUGAUAUCACAUGGUUUCCAUUUGAUGAUCAGCGCUGCGAAAUGAAAUUCGGCAGCUGGACCUAUGAUGGAUUUCAGCUGGAUUUGCAAUUACAAGAUGAAACUGGCGGUGAUAUCAGCAGUUACGUGCUCAACGGCGAGUGGGAACUACUGGGUGUGCCCGGUAAACGUAAUGAGAUCUACUACAACUGCUGCCCGGAACCGUAUAUAGACAUCACAUUUGCCAUUAUUAUACGACGACGUACAUUGUACUAUUUUUUUAAUCUGAUUAUACCCUGUGUGCUCAUUGCAUCCAUGGCUCUGCUCGGAUUUACACUGCCGCCGGACUCGGGUGAAAAGCUGUCGCUGGGCGUUACGAUCUUGCUCUCGUUGACCGUGUUCCUUAAUAUGGUUGCCGAGACAAUGCCCGCCACCUCAGAUGCCGUGCCACUGUUAGGUACAUAUUUCAAUUGCAUAAUGUUUAUGGUAGCUUCAUCCGUUGUGUCAACGAUUUUAAUAUUAAAUUAUCAUCAUCGAAAUGCUGAUACGCACGAAAUGUCCGAAUGGAUACGCAUCGUAUUUUUAUGCUGGCUGCCAUGGAUAUUGCGCAUGAGUCGACCGGGACGUCCGCUGAUAUUGGAAUUCCCGACAACGCCCUGCUCGGAUACAUCGUCCGAGCGCAAACAUCAAAUACUAUCCGAUGUUGAGCUAAAAGAGCGCUCCUCAAAGUCGCUGCUGGCCAAUGUGCUCGACAUUGAUGAUGAUUUUCGACACAAUUGUCGCCCCAUGACGCCCGGCGGAACACUGCCACACAAUCCGGCCUUCUAUCGCACGGUUUAUGGGCAAGGCGACGAUGGCAGCAUUGGGCCAAUUGGCAGCACACGAAUGCCCGAUGCGGUCACACAUCAUACGUGCAUCAAAUCAUCAACAGAAUAUGAAUUAGGUUUAAUCUUAAAGGAAAUUCGCUUUAUUACUGAUCAGCUACGUAAAGAGGACGAGGACAAUGACAUUGCCAAUGAUUGGAAAUUUGCAGCUAUGGUCGUUGACAGACUGUGCCUUAUCAUAUUCACAAUGUUCACAAUAUUAGCCACAAUAGCUGUACUACUAUCAGCACCACAUAUUAUUGUCUCGUAGCCAUAUGGGCGAGGUGGUUAUUGUUAUUGGUUUUAUUAUAAAAUCAAUUUGUUAAUUAUUAAAUUAA